AUGGCACAAGAAAAUGGUACAGGUCUAGAAAUCAAUUCACUCUUUGAAAGUUCGGUAUUGGAGUCGGUUUGUCCUUUUUGUAAUGCCCCGGAUGAUGGCAAAAUGAUAAAUUGCGAUAAUUGCAAUCAGUGGUUUCACUUCAACUGUGUCGGUGUGAGUGAAAGUGAGUCGGAAAGAGACUGGAACUGCGCACAGUGCCAUGUUCAGGUCACAUCAGGCCAUUCAACACCAGCCGAAAGAACUAGGCAGGAAUCGGAAAGGAAUCAGCUAGCUUGCAUCCAGGAGUUACGUAAGCAAAUCGGAUUAUUGCAAAGAAGGCUGGCAUAUACUGAAGUGAGAGAAAAUCAGAGAGUGCAGUUCAAUACAGGAUCGAGGCCGAAUAGAAAUGAGCUCGAUGCAAAUUCAAUGGGCGUUUUUCCGAAAGCAAAUUCGACGACUAUAGAUGCUAAUAAGAGUGCUUACGAAAAUGACGAAGAACUGGAAGAUGGGCUUCGAUUGUUAGAAGAGAAGCACGCUUUAGAGAAAAGACAACUCCAAGAACGUUUCUCUUUACUCCAACGACGGCGAUCAUCUGUGGGAAUAAACCAGACAGGGCUGACGACCGCGAAUUCAGCUGCUUCCAGUUCGACACUUUACAACGAGCUCAGUCGAAGCCAACUGGCGGCUCGACAGGCGGUAGCUCGUGAUUUACCCGUAUUUUAUGGCCAUCCGGAAGAGUGGCCCCUUUUUCAUGCUAGUUUCGAAAGCUCAACGAGAAUGUGCGGGUAUAGUGAUGAGGAGAAUCUUCUUCGGCUCCAACGAUGCCUUAAAGGAAAGGCGCUAGAAGCUGUCCGCAGUCGCUUGUUGCAUCCGUCGAAUCUUUCAGGAAUUAUGAGUACUUUGAAAACGCUUUUUGGGCGUCCUGAAGUUAUAGUACAUUCGCUUGUUACACGCAUACGGGAAAUGCCGUCGCCAAAAGCAGAGAAGCUAAAUACUCUAAUCGAUUUCGGUGUGGCCGUUCAGAACGUUUGCGCUACAAUCAAGGCGUGUGGUUUGGACGAGUAUUUAUGUAAUGUUGCCUUAUUACAGGAGUUAGUUGAUCGUUUACCGCCCGCUAUUAAACUGAAUUGGGCAUUACACAGACAAUCUUUGCAACUGGUUACACUGUCGAGUUUCGGUGAUUGGCUAGAAAAACUGGUGGAAGCUGCUUGUGUUGUCACUAUAUCUCCGGUCGAACCGCCAAUCAAUAGAAAGAACCGUAAGCAAGAUGAUUACCUGAACGUUCACUCUGAAGAAACGAAACCAUUGAAACCUACCGGGAUACGAACAGCUAUACAACGGUGCGUAAUCUGCGAAGGAGCAUGCAGCUCUACAGAUGUCUGUAAAGCAUUCAUAAAUAUGAGCAUUUCAUCACGUUGGUCAGCGUUAAGGGAGAAAAGGCUUUGUAAAAAGUGUCUCAACAAACAUUUUGGAGCCUGCAUUAUAAAAUCCUCAUGCGGCAGGAACGGGUGUACAUUCAUGCAUCAUCCAAUGCUUCACGACGACGCAAGAUAUAAAGCAGUACAGUCGUCGAAACAACCAUCUUCUCAAAGCUGCAAUGCACAUUGUGGUUCAACUGGAAAAGUUUUGUUCAGGUACAUUCCUAUUAUUCUGCAUGGAAAGGAUGUUUCUGUCAGAACAUAUGCAUUUUUGGAUGAUGGGUCAUCGGCAACAUUCAUGGAUCAUAGCUUGGUAAAAGAACUCAAUCUAGAAGGUAUGCCAAGCCCACUGUGUUUAAACUGGACAGGCGGCCAGCAGCGUGAGGAGAGAGAAUCCGUUCGACUAACGCUGAAAAUUUCUGGAUUAGAGAAUCAUUGUAAAAAGUUUGUGCUCCCUAAGGUGCACACAGUCAGAACGCUUAGCCUUCCGCUGCAAUCGAUUUCAGUUCAGGACCUAUCACGACAAUACGCGUAUUUGAAAGGGCUGCCAGUCAACUCGUAUGAUUCUGUUUCCCCAAGGAUAUUAAUCGGAAUCGAUAACUGCCAUGUCGGCAAUGCCCUGAAGAGUGUAGAAGGAGCGGCAAACGAACCAGUUGCUACCAAAACGCGACUGGGCUGGUUGAUCUACGGUCCAUGCUCAGUUAGUACAAAUACACCAGGUAGUAGUUUCAACGCCUGCCACAGCUUUCACAUUUGUCCGUGUUUUGAGGAUGGAGACUCCUGUCUAAAUACUGAGCUGAAGAAAUAUUUCUCUAUGGAUUCUUUAGGCAUUGUACGCAAUACUGAACCAUUACUCUCAAAAGAAGAUGAGCGCGCUACACAGCUACUUCAGUCUCGAACACAUCGUAAAGGCAAUCGUUACGAAACUGGCCUUUUGUGGAGAAGGGAUGGAAUAGAACUGCCAGACAGUAAAUCCAUGGCCGAAAAGCGUUUAGUUUGUUUAGAGAGGCGGAUGAGUCGCGAUGAUCUACUAGCUAAAACAUUGGAAGAGAAAAUAAGAGAAUAUGAAUCAAAAGGUUUUAUACGAAAGUUGAGCCCUAAGGAAGUUGCUGAGAAGCACCCACGGAAGUGGUAUUUACCGAUUUUUCCGGUUAUGAAUCCUAACAAGCCCGGUAAGGUUCGGAUAGUAUGGGAUGCCGCUGCCAGAGUAGGCGGACUUUCAUUAAAUUCUGUCCUGCUAACUGGACCAGACCAGCUUGCAUCUUUGCCAUCUGUAUUAUACAGGUUCCGAGAGUAUCGCUUCGCUAUAGCAGCCGACAUACGAGAGAUGUUCCAUCAAGUAGAGAUCAAUGAAGACGAUCAACAAAGCCAGCGGUUUCUGUGGAGAGAUGGGGAUUCAAGGAGGUCUCCUGAUGUGUACAUAAUGAAGGUGAUGACCUUCGGAGCCACAUGCUCGCCUAGCUGCGCUCAAUUUGUGAAAAACACCAAUGCUGCACGUUUCCAGCAACAGUUUCCACGAGCCGUAGCUUGUAUACAGAAAGAUCACUACGUUGAUGAUCUUCUGACUAGUGAAGAGAACGAAGACGAAGCUAUACAACUGGCCUCAGACGUACGGUUUAUCCACGCACAAGGAGGUUUUGAGCUCCAUAAUUGGCUAUCUAAUUCAAAUAGGCUGCUAGAAACGGUCAGCGAGGCAGGCGCUGUCGAGAAAGAUUUAAAUCUCAGCUCCGAAAUGGCAACGGAAAAAGUCUUGGGCAUGUGGUGGAGUAUUUCGUCGGAUACGUUUACGUUCAAACUUUCACCAAAACAUGAUAGAGAACUACUUAGCGGACAGAAGAUUCCGACAAAGCGCGAACUCUUAAAAACACUCAUGAGGAUUUACGAUCCCUUGGGAUUGAUGACUGGUUUCUUAAUGUUCCUUAAAAUUCUUCUUCAAGAGGUGUGGCGUGCAAAAACAGAUUGGGACGCAGAAAUACCGCCAGGGCUGGCAGACAAAUGGAUGGAGUGGUUAAAAGUUUUGCCGCAAGCUGAGAGGCUAAGCAUUCCCCGUUGCUAUCGACAAACUACGACAGCAGCAGAGGAUAACGUUGCUCAAUUGCAUAUUUUCGUCGAUGCAGGACGGGACGGACUGGUCGCCGUGGCAUAUCUGAGAUUCGAGCAGGCGGGUACAAUAGAAUGUGCCCUAGUAGGAGCGAAAGCUAGAGUUGCCCCCUUGAAAUAUGUGUCGGUUCCGCGUCUUGAGCUGCAAGCCGCUGUGAUCGGAACACGCAUGGCUGCUAGCAUUGCCGCAGUGCACCGCGUGAAGAUAUCUGAGAGAUACUUCUGGACGGAUUCUCGGGACGUUAUUUGCUGGAUCAUAUCCGACCACCGACGAUAUUCUACAUAUGUUGCACACAGGGUUGGUGAAAUAUUAGAAGCCACUGAGCCAGCCGAGUGGAAUUGGAUUUCAACACGCUUAAAUCCAGCGGAUGAAGGCACAAAAUGGCAGAAAAUACCCGACCUUACCGCAUCCGGUCGUUGGUUCACCGGGCCUGAUUUUCUCAAAGAACCAAAAAAUCAAUGGCCGGUGAAUAAGGAGAAUGUUGGAACAACCGAUGAAGAGAUUUUAUCAAAUGUGCUUCACCAUUAUGAGUACAUACCCAUAAUACGUUUCGAGCGAUUUUCUAGAUGGAAGCGCCUUCACAGAGCUGUGGCAUAUGUAUUACGGUAUCUGUCCUAUCGACGCAGAAAGGUUCGUUCCCCACCAAGUGCUAUACCGUUCACCCAGGAAGAAUUACAGCAGUCAGAAUGGUGUAUAUACCGUCAGGUGCAAAAGGAAGCUUUCCCCGAAGAAUAUAACCUUUUAAUCAACCACAACGCACCAGAAACUAAAAGUAUAUUGGCAAAAUCCAGUAAGCUCUACAAAUUAAGUCCGUUCGUUGACCAUGCUGGAGUCUUAAGGAUGAACAGCCGCAUUAAAUCGUGCCAGUUUAUUGCAGAUUCGGUCAAAUAUCCUAUCUUACUACCCAAACGGCACUAUUUGACAGACCUAAUAAUAGCUGAUUACCACUGUGAAUAUAAACACCUAAAUCAUGAGACAGUGAUAAAUGAAAUUCGUCUCAAAUUUCAUAUUCCGCAGCUUCGCGCAGCAUGCAAACGUGUCAGGUACAAUUGCCAAAUGUGCAAGAUACAAAGAGCUAAACCAACACCUCCUAUGAUGGCGGAGCUUCCGGUGGCGCGAAUGGCUGCAUUCACUCGUCCGUUUUCGUAUACUGGUGUAGACUAUUUUGGACCAAUGUCAGUAGUAGUCGGAAGAAGAACAGAGAAACGUUGGGGUGUUCUAAUGACCUGUUUAACAGUUAGAGCUAUUCACAUCGAAAUCGCACAUUCUCUUUCCACCGACUCGUGUAUCCUAGCCCUAAGAAAUUUUGUGGCCAGGAGAGGGGCACCAAUUGAAAUCUUCAGUGAUCGCGGUACAAAUUUUAUUGGGGCAGGACGUAUUCUACGAGACGAGCUGCAAAAAGUGGACCAAAAUAAAAUGAUGGAGCACUUUGUAAGUCCGAAUACCAAAUGGACGUAUAACCCCCCCGCUGCUCCACACUUUGGGGGAAGCUGGGAGCGAUUAAUCCAAUCGGUUAAAAAGAUCCUGGACCAAAUAAAGCCAAGGCAACUUCCGACUGAUGAGCUACUAAGAAACAUGCUGUCUGAAGUCGAAAUGAUAAUUAAUUCAAGACCGCUUACGGACGUACCGAUAGACGCAGAUUCUUUGUUUCCCCUAACACCGAAUCACUUCAUCCUAGGGUCUUCCAAUGGUGCCAAACCCCCGAUCGCAUUUAAUAACAAUACAGUUUUGUUAAACAACUCGUGGAAGGCGUCGCAAGCCUACGCAGAUGAAAUCUGGAGACGUUUUAUCACGGAGUAUUUGCCAACACUCACGCGAAGAUCAAAGUGGUUUCAACAGACGCGACCAAUACAGGUAGGCGAUGUUGCCGUCAUCGUAGACAACCGCCUUCCAAGGAAUUGUUGGCCGAAGGGACGAGUUAUAGAGAUCGUCCGUUCUAAGGAUCGACAAGUACGGCGAGUAACAUUGCAAACAUCCCAAGGAAGAUUGGAGAGACCUGCAGUGAACAUCGCAAUCCUGGACGUCGGUUCCAGUUCGAGUAAGUCGGACCAAGGCCACGACGUACUGGGGGGGAAUGUCACCCUGUCUGUGACGAACCAACAUUCAGCGAGUUCCCCUGGUGCUACCAAUUCACAAUAGGCCUAUUGAAGCGACGCUUUAUCCAUCAUCCGCACGAGCGAUACCGAUCGGAAACGAUCUACGAUCAACGAUAAAACAGCCAUGUUGAAUGUAGAUCGCCACUUCAGGAGUAGCAGCAGACUGAACCAGCGGCUUAGCGAAAGUGGUGAUUAUUAUACUUAUAGUUCUACUAAAGUUAAAUUUAUAAUUAUUAUAAAAUACCUAAAAUUUAAUAAUAAGCCCAGUGAUUAUUUUCGAACACAAUUAUCAAUAUUUAAAACGCAUCACCAAGUGCAGAUUAAAAACGGAGGUUCAAUAUUAUAAAUGAGCACUAAACGUAAGUGGAAUCUGCAUGAAAAUAGCAUGAGAGAUUGCAUGAGAAUCUACAAUUUAAGUUCAACAUUACCUACACCUAAGAUGAAUCGCUUAUACGCCCCCACGUGCUUUGAUCGCUCCAACUUACUUCCCAUGCUAAGAGCAUGUAGAAUCUAUAUCACUAUAAAAACCCAUAAUUUGAAAAUAA